AUGCCCAAUAGCACUGAAUCUACCAACCUAUGUCAGAUAUAUCUGACGUAUAUUGAGAUUACUGUGAACAUAAUUACCAUGAUAUUGAACUGCUAUUUUACACUUAGGAUCAGCCAACUGCCAACCUUUAAUGCUAACUUCAGGUACAUGAUGGUAGGUUGUUUUACAUUUGAUAAAGUAUUUUAUGCGUAAUCAUAGAUACAUGAUAAAGAAAAGCACGUACAGCAUACCACAAUGUGUUCAAUUUUAAAACAUAACUGUUUCCGUCCGUUCCUUAGUAAUCAUAUCACAUUCAGGUAUUCCAAACCUUCAUGACGUGUACAAUCAACUUUAUUCAUCCACUCGAGUCCUUGACUCCAGUAGAAUUCUACAGUUUAGAAGCGGGUAACAUAAAAGGAAGUGUGUUCUUCUACACUUUGAUAGUGAUACAACAUUUCGCCACUUUUGUGUUCGAAAGUAAAUACAUGUUGAUAGCCAUCGAACGAGUAAUAGCUUACCGUGAAAGAGCUACGUACGAAAAUAGAGAUUCUACGUUGGCAAAGAAGAUUCUGUUGUGGUUUGUGAGUUUUUCAGUAAAUUUUUAAUGUUUUUAUGUGUUUUAGUUUUCAUUUUGUUUGGAUUAUUAUUUCAAAGUAUUUUAUUUUAGUAUGUUGUACAUGUUAUCACGAAAAAUGUCACAUAAUAUUACAACUUAAAGUAAUAUUUUUAUGUUUUAGGCCCUAUUAUGUAUAUUUAUAUUGUUUAUAAAAACCCAAGUGCUGUGGAAUGCAUAUUCCGACUUUCCAGUGGAUGUUCGCCUAAGGCGAUCUUUAAUGAUUGGCCGAUCUUACUAUGGCUACUGCUUUAACUACAUAAUCGCAGUGAUAUCUAUAGCUGUCGCUGUAUUUGUAAGUCAUAUUAUUAAAAAAUUCUUUCCUUUGUAGCAACAAGCAGACAACAAUAUCAAUAACAUACCACAAUAUUUUCAGUUUUUUUACAAAAUCCAUGUGGACAUACUCGAGAAGCACGAGUACUCAUCCUUGAGUGAAAACUUUGAAGUACGACAAACAAAGAUGGUACUGGCUUAUAUGAAAAGCCUGGUCAAAGCAUUUUUUGUUCUACUCGCCGCUUGUGGUACCGGAGUCGGAGUUGUAACAUACUACAAGUUUGUAGUUGACGUUACAGAAGACCAUCCUUUCAUUGUAACUACAUACACAUGCAUGUUCAUCAGUCUGUGUUUCUACAAUCUGGCUUCCAUCUUGUACAUGAUACGAUCAUUCCCUCCGCUGCGACGUGCCAUUUUAAAGGACUUACCGUGUUUACGAGAGAGGCGAGUAUCAGAUAGCACUUGUGACAAAGCCAAAAUGGAAACAGAACAAUAUUUUAGCCAGCUUAAGGUUAUGUGGAAGUGA